CCCUUUGUCAUGAACCAGGCCCUCUCCGGGGCUGCUGCCCCACCUCGCCGAGUGAGGCUAAAGCCCUGGCUGGUGGCCCAGGUGAACAGCGGCCAGUACCCAGGGCUCCAGUGGGUCAACGGGGAGAAGAAAUUCUUCUACAUCCCCUGGAGACACGCCACGAGGCAUGGUCCCAGCCAGGAUGGAGAUAACACCAUCUUCAAGGCCUGGGCCAAGGAAACCGGGAAGUACACUGAAGGGGUGGAUGAGGCCGACCCCGCCAAAUGGAAGGCCAACCUGCGCUGCGCCCUCAACAAGAGCCGCGACUUCCGCCUCAUCUAUGACGGGCCCCGGGACAUGCCGCCCCAGCCCUACAAGAUCUACGAGGUCUGCUCCAAUGGCCCCACUCCCACAGAGUCCCAGCCCCCCGAGGAUUACUCCUUUGCUGCAGGAGAGGAGGAAGAGGAGGAGGAGGAAGAGCUCCAGAGGAUGCUGCCAAGCCUGAGCAUCACAGAGGCAGUGCAGCCCGUCCCUCCCAUGGCACCGUAUUCUCUACCCAAAGAGGAGGUCAAGUGGCCACCCACCCUGCAGCCGCCCGUGGGGCUGGGACCCCCUGCUCCCGACCCCAGCCUCCUGGCCCCUCCCCCUGGCAACGCCGCCGGCUUCCAGGAGCUUCUCUCUGGGGUCCUGCCAAACCUGGAGGCAGGGCCCCUGGCUGCCAGCCUACCCCUUGCAGGCGAACAACUCCUGCCCGACCUGCUCAUCAGUCCCCACAUGCUGCCCCUGACUGACCUGGAGAUCAAGUUCCAGUACCGGGGGCGGCCACCCCGGGCCCUGACCAUCAGCAACCCGCACGGCUGCCGGCUCUUCUAUAGCCAGCUGGAGGCCACGCAGGACCAGGUGGAGCUCUUCGGCCCCGUGAGUCUUGAGCAGGUGCGCUUUCCCAGCCCCGAGGACAUCCCCAGCGACAAGCAGCGCUUCUACACAAACCAGCUGCUGGACGUCCUGGACCGCGGGCUCAUCCUCCAGCUGCAGGGCCAGGACCUGUACGCCAUCCGCCUGUGCCAGUGCAAGGUGUUCUGGAGCGGGCCCUGCGCCUCGGCCUUGGGCUCCCACCCCAACCCCAUCCAGCGGGAGGUCAAGACCAAGCUCUUCAGUCUGGAGCACUUCCUCAACGAGCUCAUCCUGUUCCAGAAGGGCCAGACCAACACCCCACCGCCCUUCGAGAUCUUCUUCUGCUUUGGGGAGGAGUGGCCUGACCACAAACCCCGAGAGAAGAAGCUCAUUACUGUACAGGUGGUGCCCGUGGCAGCCCGGCUGCUGCUGGAGAUGUUCUCAGGGGAGCUAUCUUGGUCGGCAGACAGUAUCCGACUUCAGAUCUCAAACCCGGACCUCAAGGACCGCAUGGUGGAGCAGUUCAAGGAGCUCCAUCACAUCUGGCAGUCCCAGCAGCGGCUGCAGCCUGUGGUCCAGGCCCCUCCUGGAACAGGCCUUGGCGGCCAGGGGCCCUGGCCUAUGCACCUGGUUGGCAUGCAGUAACAAGGCUACGGAGGGCAACUGGCCCAGAGUUGCUGGUGGCUGAUGUGAAGGUGUGACAGUCCCGGGGGCACCUGGCUUGGCUGCAGGGUCCUACCUCUGGGUUUGCUGAAGUGGCCUUGGACCAAGGAGGAGGAAGGGAGGCCGAACCCGGGUUCUCCCUCAAAGCUCUGCCGGAAGGACUCGUCUGGUCAGCCCUGCUCUGGAAAUAAUCAGCCGGAAGCAGGAAAGGAACCCCCAACCCUGGGGCCUAGUUGUGAUCAGGAAUUGUCCUAGGGUGGCCAAAUCGGGAUCAAGCCAUUUCCUCUGGCAAAAGAGCCAAGGAGCGCUGUGGGGCGGGUCCCCACAGCAGGGCCUCUGCAGGGCACAUGCCUGACUUUGUUUCCCUGGGUUGAGCCUGGCCUUAUCUUUAUCCCUCCUGAGAGGGAGCUCAAGUCUCACAUCGGCUUCUUCAGGCUGGCAGCUGGCCCCUUCCUGGGAGUCCAAGAACCCAGGGUAGGAAGGCUUGAAUGUACUUUUGGACUAAUAAAUGUUAAAAACAGA